GCCCGCGCAGCGCCGCCACCAUCGCCGCCAUGGUGCGGGGACCUCAGGCGGCCGGGGCUGCCCUUCGCGCUGCCUGAGCCCUUCGCGCCUCCCGGCCAGACCUGUGCGCGGCCUGGGCGAGAUGCUGUUCGCUGUCAUCUCACUGGGUCUCCUGUUGUUGACCCUCUUCCUGUUCCUGCGACGCCUAGGAUGGGAUAUGUUACCAAUCAUCUGGAUUGAAUUCGUGCAGCAGCCAGUCCGCAACCUGCUCAUGGGUGACACAAAGGAGCAGCGCAUCCUUCGCCAUGUGCAGCAGCAUGCCAAGCCUGGAGACCCCCAGAGCGUCCUGGACGCCAUUGACACCUACUGCUCAGAGAAGGAGUGGGCCAUGAAUGUGGGUGCCUCGAAAGGCCAAAUAUUGGAUGCAGUGAUUCGGGAGUACAAGCCCUCACUGGUGCUGGAGCUGGGAGCUUACUGUGGCUACUCGGCCACACGGAUAGCCCGCCUGCUGCCACCUGGAGGCCGGCUCCUCACCAUGGAGAUGAACCCGGACUAUGCCGCCAUCACCAGGCAGAUGCUGAGCCUGGCAGGCUUGCAGGACAAAGUCACCAUCCUCAUUGGGGCAUCCCAGGACCUCAUCCCGCAGCUGAAGACCAAGUAUGAUGUGGACACCUUAGACAUGGUCUUUCUUGACCACUGGAAAGACCGCUACCUGCCAGACACACGUCUCCUGGAGGAAUGUGGCCUGUUGCGCAAGGGGACAGUACUUCUAGCUGACAAUGUCAUCGUCCCGGGAGCCCCUGACUUCCUGGAAUAUGUGCGGGGGAGCACCAAGUUCGAGUGCACACACUACAGCUCAUACCUGGAGUACCGGGAGACAGUAGACGGCCUGGAGAAGGCCCUCUACAAGGGUCCAAGCAGCCCAUGAAGUCGUGACCACUCAGCCUACCCUGAGAUCCCCUUCCAGCUUCCUUCUGCCUGAUGACACACACUCAUCCUGACCCCACUGUGCUUCUGGAGCCUGUCCUCAAGUGCUGUGGCUCCAGGUUGUCAACACUGGCACACUCUACAGCUAGUGAGCUCACUCACCAUCCAAAACCACUGCAGCAGACCCGGGAAGCAGCUGUGAGAAAAGGCUGAACUGAGCUGGAGGUGCAGUGGUCACAGUGCCUGCCCCACAUGCAAGAGGCCUUGAGUUCAAUCCUACACACCAGAAAACCAAAGGGAAUAAAAAGUCAGAGCAGGCGU